UCUUCAUGCCACCGUGUAAUGUGCUUUAUAUUAUACAAACACAUCCACAAAAAAAAUACACAAGUUAAUCAAUAGAAUUUUAAUUUUGAAACGGUUCGCCAUUUUGACAACACGCAUCUAAUCAAUGGGAAGACAUUGGGAGUGAUGUCAUCAGAGUGAAAUAUCAGGAGUUAUUAUACAUACAGGACACUUUCAGUGGAACAAAAACAUGUAUUCUAUUCCUUUCUAGCGGGUUUCAUUCAUUUGGUUUGAUAGCAUGCAAUAUUGUUAGUAUAUCAUUUAUCCUAUGUGCAUUACGUCACGCUACCCAAUGGAGAAUGAGCAUUGAAUAUGGCUUAUGAUAUUGCAUGGUUGUCAAGACAACAUGUCACACGUUGUAGCUGAUGUGAAAAUUCAAUGAGAGAGUUUUCUGCUGCGCGUGCACAGAAGCAUUUCUUUGUUCGCCAGCGGCGCCUGCAGUAAACUGUCGCAGAGAAUUAAAAACGCCAUGAGAUACGUCUUACACGUAAAACUUCAGCACAAGCCAGUGGCUGUGACAAUAUGUCAACAAAUAUGGUGGCCAGGUUUGUUCCAUUGAAUGUAUAUGCAUAAUAAUAAUAAUAUUGUCUGGCUUUUUCAUGGUAUAUCAGAUGUAUUCCAUUCAGCUAGCAUGAUAUUGAACUCGUCUUUGACUCGUUGAAUAUCAUGCUAAAUGGAUUGAAUAUAUCUGAUAUACCACUCAACGCCAGUCAAUAUUAUUUAAAUACGUCACUCAGAUCUGCAAUGUAUUUUGUUUGAAAAAUGUGAGUUUUUCAACACGAGAAGAUAAACUUCAUAUCUUCAAGCCAUUGUGUGAUGUUCUUUUUAUUAUAUAGACACAUUCACAAACAAAAAGUACCGUAAUUUAUCAAAAAUAAUUCAUCAAUUUCCUCAUGAGUAACAAAGAGAGAUUUAUGUCACAGUUUUGGUUCUCCAUGUUCCGGAUGUAGCUCGUAUGAAAUAUAUGAGUGGCAUAUUUCCCAGUAAAACACUCAUGUCCAUAUUUUAUAUAUAUGGCGAUUUUGGAUAAGCUCAUGAGCCCUUCAUAAAUUCACUUGUUAGUUGUAUUUGGAGAGUCUUAGUGGAAGAAUUAUUAGAUAGACUGUACACUUUACAACUUAAGAAUUACACAAUAUGUUCAACAAUGGUAUAAAACUUUUGAAGUAAUAAAAUAAUGCCUUAUGUGCAUUCGGAUUGAACCGCCAUGAGCAGUUGCUCUCUGCGCAGUUAACAAUGUUGCCAGGUUUUCUGUUAUCUUGUGGAAGUUGAGUGUUAAUCUCAUACCCAUCCUUUUAUUUUACAAUAUAUGCAAUAAUAGGAGGCAAUUUUUAAAAUAAAAGUUUAGAUUAUUACAUACUUUAAUGGCAUUUUGUUAAGAGUAUUGUAUAGCAUUAAAAGGGAUAAAUCUGACACUAAUAGACUCUAUGUUGUACGAUGAAUAGAAUUGGAUUUAGGAUGGAGUUCAGAUUGACCUGGCAACCCUGUAAAGCAUAGCCAGCUGGCAGGUCCGCUGUUCAGAGACACAGAAAAGAGCUUUCAUACAGGAGAGAAGGCAGUGAAUAACUUGGUUGUUGAAGCGCAUCUUACCAAAGGGAAGAAUACAGGCAGCAGGAUGAAAGUUUUUGUGCAAGUGAGCAUGGUAUUUGUUCUGGCUCUUAUUGGCCUGGGCUCUGCUCUUAAGUGUUAUGACUGUGUAGACUACACUGGCAGCUGCAGUUCCACCACGACCUGCCCUGCCAAUCAAGAUGGCUGCCUGACACUGAAAGCAAGAAAUGGGAACAUAUUCCGGCAGUGUAUCAAGUUUUCAGACUGUACAAACGAUAUCCUUCAAGGCAUGUUUCCAGCAGUGCGCCACUUCAGCCACAAUUGCUGCCACCGUGACUUGUGUAACAGUGCAUCUGUGAGCGCAGCUAGGACUUCAGUGAUCGCCUUGCUUCUUUCUCUGGCUCUGUUCUGGUGGUACAUCUUUUAAUCAAAUGAAUUCAGAUACUACCUGGUGAUGCUGUGCAUAACAAUACUAGUCCUGAGUUUUCCACUUUUAAGGGACUUAAAGAUUAAGAUUAAAAUAAACAGAUGAACUACAGUUGCCGCCUUCUUGCAUAACAACGCAUUGUCAAAAGAUUAAUAUUAUUAAUAAAAUUGAUACUUCAUAUUAAAUGUCAUUUAAAUGUAGGGUUUUUAUUUUCAAUUGAUGUUAAAUUUUCUUGGAGGAAGUGAAACUAUGUAGGUUACAUCAUUUCUUUAUUCUCCCAUUUAUUGUUACUCAAAAGUAGAGUGAACAAAACCAUUUUUUAAAAAGGAAAGUUUACUUUCUCAUUAUCAUCAGGGCGGGCUUUUCAUUCUUCAUUUUGUUUGAUCCUAUAAAUGGAAAUGCAGGAAGGAGUUAUUUGUAAUUUUAUAUAGCAUUCAAUACCAAUGGUAUUAUCGAUAUUAUUCUGUUAGAGGAGUGUAACUUGGGCUUUCCUUAACCAUGGACUUUGGCAUUGGAACUUGAAACAGAAGGAAAGUCUUUCUACACUUAUGUUUGUUUGUUUUUUGGGGGGGGUGUCAGUAUUCCAGUACUAAUAAGUGUACGCACAAUAAAGGAAUCAGCUUUAAACUCAAA